AUGGAGCUUGCAAAAAAUGUUGGUGAUGGUGUUUUUGGUGGCCUCCACCUUGUUAGUGGUCUCCACAUUGUGCGUGGCCCAGCUGUUGUAUUUGAAGAUGAUGGCCUCCACAUUGUGUGUAGUCCAACUGGUGCAAUUGGCCUCCACAUUGUGUGUGGUCUAGCUGGUCCAACUGGUGUAGUUGAAGAUAGUGUUUCUGGCCUUAGUGGUAUACUUGGUGUUGAUCGUGUAGCAAAUGGUGAUGUAUCUUUGUUCCUCCUAACCUGA